GCAACAGCAGCAGUGGCGGCGAGUUUGAAGAUGAGCAGCAGCGACACCGAUUUAAACUUAAAAGUAGAAAUACUGAAGAAAAAGUAUUUAGAGAGAAGAACACGGGUUUCUGACCCUGCAUUAAGUGGAGAGGAUGAUGAAAAGCCUGCAAAGCAUGGCGCCGUCGGCAGAAAGGAUGGACGCAAAAAGUCGCCCAGGUAUCGGGAGAUGAAGUCUUAUGACAAAGCCCUCAAGGAACUCUUAGAGGUCGUCUCAAGUCGACCUCAGAGACUUGACUCCACUCAGAGUGUUUCUGGCAGUGAAGACGAGCUCAUUGAGAAAAUAAACUCCUUUGAAGAAACCAACAUCCUGUGCACAGAGACAGACGUGACGCUGCCUUCAAACCUGGCGUGCAGCUCCAGCUCAUGUGUGACUGAGCCGGGCUGGUUUGGCAGAGAGAGACUGAGGGACCAAACCGAGGGUUUAAUCAGGAGUCCCACCCCUAUAGGACAGGUGCACCAGGAGAUGGUCCAGAUCUAUGAGAAACUGCAGGCAGAGAGGCUGAGUCAGCAGGUCUGGGCAGCAGAGCUGUUCGAGCGCGAGCAGCAGCUCCAGCAGAGAGAGAAACAACUUCUCCAGCACCAAAACACCAUCCACAGACUGCAGGGGGUGGAGGAGGAGGUGCUAAGCCGCAUCAACAACCUGCAGCAGCAAUACCAGCAGGAGAUGGAGAAGCUGAGGGCCGCCCUCAAAGAAAAGACCAAAGAGAAUAAAAGGAUCAAAUCCAGUUUUGAUUCCAUUAAGGAGUUAAAUGAUACCAUGAAGAAACAGCUAAAUGAAGUGAGUGAGCAGAACAAGCGGUUAGAGAGCCAGUCACGGAAAGUACAAGCUCGCCUGGACAAUCUGCAGAGAAAGUAUGAUGGUGUGGCGCACAGAGGUCGGGAAAACAUUGUGCCAAAGGCAUUUGACCUCAAAGCUUCCAAACAGGUCGGAUCUCAGCCUUCAGUCAAAGCUAGCAAGGGCCCCCUUAGCUCCUCCACGGUGAAGCUGCUGGCCACUCUGCUUGACUGGGUAGUGGACGGCCAGCUUGUUGGAUCAGAACAGGGGAAAAAUGAGAGAGAAUUUGAUCAGUAUGGAGUUCCAUGUCAAACUCUACAUGAGCGAUGCUCCAAGGUUCUUCCUGUGCUGGUGGAGCAGCUCCAGCAGGCUGAACUGUCUCUGCAGCUGCCAUUACUGCGCUUUAUCUACUGCACCCUCACACAACUGGAGCACAGUGCACAGCACCCUCCAUUAACGUCUACUCUGAGGAGAUUGGGAGAGGAGGUGUCUCGUGGGCCAGGAGAGGGCAGUAAGGCCAAGGUCUGUCCGCUAUAUAGGACAUCCUGCCUCCACACUCGCUUCUUAUCCACCCUCAUCAUCCUCAAAACCAUCAGCCAGGUGGACAUUUUGGCUCAGGCUCUGGACAUCCUUCACGGUGACGUGCGGACAGACGAGGGUCAGGCCUUAUUCCUGAAGUACCAGGCCCUGGCGGCCAUUGUGGCUCUGCUGAGGGCGGGCAGUCCCGGUUUGCUGGCACCGGCUGUAGACAUCUUACUUCAGAUGAGCGCUGAAUCACGGCACCAGCCAGCCUUCCUAGAGGCCUGCAGCACUGACCACUUCUUCCGCUGCGUCUCCCUGCUCCUCCGCAACCCGCGUUUGGACCUCAACCUUGUGGAGAAGCUCAGCAUCCUCCUCCAGAGGCUCUCUGGCAUCAGGAAGAACAGGCGUCUAUUCGAAGCCUCUUCGCUGCACCUGCUCCUGCAGGAAAUGCACAGGACGGCCGACCCGGCUCGAGCUUUCCUCAGCAUCAACCUCAGCUCCAUCCUCUUCAACCUGGGGAUGCCCACACGCUCUUAAAGCAACAGUUCAGCAAAAAUUGAAACCAAAUGUACUUGAUCAGCCAAGACAUGUUUUGCCUCUUUAGUUUUGCAUUGAAUCUCCAAGUAAUGCAAUCUUAUGUACAUCGAUGAGCAUCAAAUUCCAUGCUUGUAUCAUCACACUUCACCUGCCUCAGACCGUGUGGAGUUGUGAAGGAAUCUCUAAUAGACCUGAUUAUGUCAUUUCUGAUCCUGUAUGACGUACUGUUAUCCAUACCUAGCUGAUUGGUAUACAGAAGUUUUAAUCCUUUUAAGCCUUGUAGCCCCAGUUUUAAACUAAAUAAGCCCCCGUUUCUUUGAUUGUGGUGGGGGUGGGGGUGGGGGUGUUGGUGAUUUGGUUUUUCACCAUGCUAUUCCUUUAACACCAGCUCCUGCUUCUUCAAUCUGACCGUGCCAACGUACCAAUCACAGUACUGUUUCUGUAGUGUGAUUAUUUAUUGAUUUAUUGUGAGUCUUUAUAAAAUGCUUUAAACAUAGUUACUCAUUACAGCUAAUGCAGAAAUGUCCAUGAUUUUUUCAGGCUGUGUGAGAUUUAUACCAGCUCUCAGUUGCAGGAGGCUCGAAGAUUUCAGCACUACGUUAGCAUAUCACUGUCGGAACAAAACAAAAAUCUCAAUUUUUGUCAUUUCUUUAUUAUUUUACAUUUUUUUUCCAUUUUGUUUUAUUUGAAAACGCCAGCUGUCUUUUAUAAUGCAGUAAAAUUCCAAUGACCCAAAAAUUACUUGGAAAACUUUUCCAUUGACUUCCGUUCAACGUUAAGUGUGUUUUUUUCCUUCUUCUGUAAAGUUACCAUUUUGGAGAUACAAGGUUUUGUUGCAACAGCAACGUUAUAUUAGUACAAAUACUUUUGUCCUGUGGUCUAGUGGGGCAUGCUGCUACAUUAAAGCCAUUAUUUGUGACCAUUUGCAACUUAAUUAUGAAUUUUGAUAUCUGUCUCUAUGUGCUGAUCAAGAUCUUCUCUAGUGCCUUCAGCAAGCAUUCUCCUUUUUUGUUCUGGCAGUUUGGCUGUUCUUAUAGUGUUUUAUAACCAAAUUAAAUUAUUUUUAAGCAUGAGAGAAGUUGUCAUAUAUUUAUGUC